AUGGAGUUGGAGGGAGAUUUUCCACCCGCUGCGCCGGUCUCGCCUGACCUGGAACGGCACGAUGCGAAGGAUUCGACGGAUUUCGUGAACUCUGACGGAUAUCGAUGGCUCAAAUACGGCUCCAAGUUUUUGAAACGAGGCCUCGGUCAGAAGAGAGCCUACUACCGCUGCGCGGCGAGCAACCCGCUGUACCGACCGCCGGGCGCGGAGCCGUGCAGAGCGCGGAAGCUGGUGGAUUACGACGCGUCCACGGGGGUUAUCCACGCGUCCACGGCCGUCGUGCACCUCGCAGGGGUCCCCGCACAACCACCCCCCGCGCAGGGCUCUCCUGAGAAUGCGAGGACAGCGCAGGGCUUUCCUGAGAAGAAAGGCCAGCGGAUUAUCCCAAACAACGGCAGGCUCCCUUCGCCAGAUGGCAGAGAGCCGCAGGGCUUUCCUGGGAUUUCUCAGAGAAUGGGCUCAUCUUUCAGUGGUGUGCACGCAGGUGCGCUUGAGGAAUGCCAGAGGAUUUCCCCCAGCAACGGCAGGCACCCUCUGUGCGAUGGCAGGGCAGUGCAGGGUGCUUCUGAGAGUGCUCUGAGGUUGGGUAUUAGCAGUGGCGUGCACCCGUUGCGAGACAGCAGGGCGGCGGGAGUGACAAGAGAGGACGGGACGGCAGGGAUGAGCAGUUCCCCUCUGGUGUGGCUUGCAAGUCGAGCCUCGUGGAUUGGGGGAGAGGUGAGUCGGAAGCGGAAGGGGAGAGAGGGGCGGGCGGUGGGUGAUAGAGUGGGGGCGUGGGAGGGCAAGGAAGAGAAGAGGACGAGGGAGGUCAGAAACGAGGAGCAGGAGAAAAGGGUGAUAUUGAGAGGCGUAGGCGUUCCUGAGAAAUCUCACAGGGAAGAGAAGGUGGUAUUGGGAGGAGGAGGCAUGGAUGGUGUCGUUACAGCAAGAGCAGCAGCAGCAGCAGCAACAGCAACAGCAACAGUAGCAGAAGCAGCAACAGCAGCAGAAGCAGCAGCGGUAACAAAAAGAGAAGCAGGAAAGGACACUGCGGCUGUUGAGGCGGUCAAAGCCUCACUCUGCUUCGAUAUGUGCAUCGAGACAAACAUUCAGGAGGCUCCUCAAAUGUCAUCCCCGUCAAGCAUCCCUCAGAUGACCUUUGAGUCAACUCAAAAGCCAGUCUGCAUCGACAUGUGCAUUGAGACAGGUGCUCUUGAGACUCAUCAGAAAGAAAACAUAGCUCCCUGCGGCAGCAAUAUGCGUAUGGAAGAGGGUCAAGUUCGAGCUUCCUGCGGCAGGGAUAUGUGUAUGGAAGGGGGCCGGGUUCAAGCUUGGGACGACAGGAAGAACGAGGAGAGAGGGGGAGACGCGGCGAUGAGGGGAGAGGUGGAGAGAGAAGAGGAGAUGAGAGGAGGCAUGGAGAUGAAAGGGGCGGGAGGUGAGGGAGUAGAGCCGGAUGUGGUAGGAGACGGAGGGAAGGGGAGCAGAAGAGGCAAGGAUGGGCGUGGGAAUGAGGAUGGGCGUGGGAAUGAGGAUGGGCGGGUUCAGGCUGGGGAGAUGAGGGGAGAGGGGGGAGCAGCAGAAGCAGAUGAGAGUAGGGAAGGAUGGAGGAGAGAGGGUGGACUGGAAAGGGGUGGAUCCGAAUGGGGCGGAUGUGGGGGGGUGGAGGAAGAGGGGGAUACAGGAGGCGCAGCUUCUGCGCUGAUUGCUCUGGCUGCUGCUGCUGAGAUCAGCCGUCACUCCCUCUCCACCACCCUCUCACAACCUGUUUUUGAGGCGCCUCAAAAAGUCUCUGCUGUUGCUGAGAUCAGCCGUCACUCCCCCUCCACCACCCUGCCUGCCGCAUCAGCCCCGUCAGCCCCGUCAGCACCAUUAGCGGUAUCAGCAGCAUCAGCAGCAGUUGGGAAACCAGCGGGAAAGGCUGUACCUGGGGAGGCUGUACCUGGGGAGGCUGUACCUGGGGAGGCUGUACCUGGGGAGGCUGUACCUGGGGAGGCUGAACCUGGUGAUGCUGUACCUGCACAGGCUGUACAUGGGGAGGCUGUGGCUGGGGAGGCUGUAAUUGAGGAGGCUGUGACUGGGGAGGCGGAAGCUAAAAGAGGAGAGAGGGGAGAAAACGGAGAGGGGGGGUUAGGAGGUGAAGGGGGAGCAGAAGGGCGGGGACUGGGAGAAGGUGGAGGAUUAACGAGGGGAGCAAGAGAGGUUGGAGCAAUAGAGAGGGGAGCAAGAGAGGUUGGAGCAAUAGAGAGGGGAGCAAGAGAGGUUGGAGCAAUAGAGAGGGGAGCAAGAGGAGGGGGUGGAGCAGGAGGAUUAUCGGGAACAGGAGGCGGAUGCAGAGCGAGGAGUGACGGAUGGGGAAGAGAAGGAGCGUGGAGGCCGCAAGGGCAUGCGUUGCAAGGCUGGGGAGGGGCAGCAGGGCAGCCUGUGCAAGGCUGGGGGGGACUGGCCUUAGCCCCCCACAGCAGCACCCGUACACCCACAUCCGUCUCAAAGCCUCACAGCAACUCUCUGAGUGUGGUUCCUUCCUUUGAGGAGGGAGUGCCUUGUUUAAGAGAGAGUACGCCUUUUCCUGGAGGGAGUAUGGGCUGCUAUGGUCGCGUCCCUAUGGCUACUCCUCCUGCUGCUGGCUUCCUGUAUAAUGGGGCUCUGAGGGUGCCACGUGGCAUGCCACAAUGGAUGCCACGUGGAUCUCUGGCGCCCCUGGCGUCAGCUCCUGUGCUGCCACCUGGCACACUGCCACGUGGGAUGAUGGCUGUGCCAGCGGUGCGUGUUGUGCCACCUGGCAUGCUGCCAGGUGGCAGAAACUGUGGGCCUGUGAACGUCCUUCCAGGGUGGAGGCCGAGCCUUGCUGUGUUUCCGCACGGAGCAGCGGGAGAAGCAAACGAUGCAGCAAUUUUGGUAGGGAAGGGUGGAGCAUCAGGAGUAAGGAAGGACGCAGCAGAGGGAGCAGGGAAGUCAGCAGCUGCAGCAGCAGCGGCAGCGGCAGUGGGAACGGUUGCGGCGGCGACAGGAACAACAGCAGGAGAUCGAACAGGUGUGGAAAAAGGAGGAGGAGCAGGGGGCGGAGAAGGAGUGGGAGGAGCAGCAGUGGUGGUGCCACCACUGGCUUUGGCAAGACCACCCACAGUGGCAGCAGCGGGGUCAGUUUGCUUUAGCAACAUCAACACCGGCAGCAGGGGCAGCAGCAAAGGGAACAUAACAAUUAGUGUUGCUGCUGGUUCUGCUGCUGCUCAUUCUGCUGUUACCAAUGCAAAUGCUUUUGCAAGUCAUGUAAGAGGGAGGGGGGGAGCUGUGAUCGAGGGGAAACGGAGGCAGGAUUCGGGACAAGUGGAUGUGUGUGGGAGACGUGGCUUACCCAAAUUUGCUCUCACGCUGCAAAGCUUGAUGCCAAAGCAUGGCCUGUGA